GCUUCGUUGGGGAACCUUCUAACCGUCUGUUACUUUUUUGAAAAAAAAAGUAAACCCCCAUUUUACCUACCACGAUCCCCCCUCCCCACUUUUUUCCCCCAUGCAAGCCAGAUUCAGCUUGCCUUCUUGACGUCAUGUCUGUAGAAAAGGUUUCAGCAGCGGCAGCGGCAAAAACCCACCGCCAGGCGCAGUGAGCCGAGGGGAGGGGAGCGAGGGGCAGAGGGAGGCAUGUUAAACUUUCAGAUCAAGUCCUCCGGCUCCUAAAAAAAGCGAGGGGAGGUGCUUGCUGCUGCCGCCGCAGCAGCAGCUGGAACAUCUGGAAGUGUUCAUGGUGUCUGUCUGUCUGUCUAAAGGAGGAAGGAGGGGAGGGGGAGAGAAGCGGGAGCGAGUCUUCUGCUGAGGGAGGGGAGGGAGUGAGGGGCUGGGACUAGCGCUCUCUCUGCAGAAACAGCUCCCUGCCAACAGAGCGCGCGGAAUUGGCUUCGAAGAGGAGAAGCAGCCGCCUUGGAACAGCUCUUCGAGGUCGCCUUUUUCUCUCAGCCCCGCUCGCUUCCCUCUCCUAGUUGGUGGAUCUAAGCAAGAAAGACACUUGAACCCUCCUGAGAUAUUCUCUCUCCCCACCCUCCCGCUCCAGCACCCUUCUUGGAUGCUUAUUAGUGUCCCCCCCUCCCCUCCCCUCGGCUGUUUUCUCCCACCUUCCUUUCCCUUGCUGAUCUUUUCUCCUCUCCCCCCACCGUCUCCUCUUUUUAAAACAAACAAACAAUAAAGAUCUAAAGGAGCCGCUUCUCCUUCUGCCGCUUCUCGACGGUGUGAGCAGCGGCCAGAGGUGCUGGGCUCAAUUCUUUGGCAGGGUCCCGGAUGUUCUCUGAGGAUGCUUUGCAAUUGCACUAAAGGAGGCAGUAGUGGAAAGGAUCAGUUUUUGGGCUUUGAUGCAAUCAUGGGAAUCAGGUAAUAACCGAACGGGGGAAUUUUAAUCGUCGCAGAAGCUCCGGUUUCUUCCGUGAACUGUUCACCCCAUCUGCUGUUGCUAUUUCUUUUCUUUUUUUUCUUUUGGAUUUGGAGGAAUUAAAACCCUGGACUCCUGCUUGGGUUGCUUUUUUGGGGGGUGCUCCUCGUUCCUCUACUUAAAUGGUCAAUGAAAACAAGAGGAUGUACAUCCCAGAAGAAAACCACCAAGGUUCCAACUAUGCGAGUCCCCGUCCAGCUCAUGCCAACAUGAAUGCCAAUGCAGCUGCAGGGCUUGCACCUGAGCAUAUCGCUACUCCAGGUGCAGCCCUUUCCUGGCAGGCUGCUAUCGAUGCUGCCAGGCAGGCCAAAUUGAUGGGUGCAGCCGGCAAUGCAACAAUAUCCACCGCCAGCUCCACACAGAGGAAACGGCAGCAGUAUGGGAAACAGAAAAAACAGGGUACCACCACAGCUACACGUCCUCCCCGGGCACUGCUGUGUCUAACACUGAAAAAUCCCAUCCGGAGGGCAUGCAUCAGUAUUGUUGAAUGGAAACCAUUUGAAAUUAUUAUUUUACUGACUAUUUUUGCCAAUUGUGUGGCCUUAGCUAUCUAUAUCCCCUUUCCAGAAGAUGAUUCCAAUGCUACUAAUUCCAAUCUGGUUUCAAGGAGAAAAAUAUGUGUUUAUAAGCUGAUAACAUGCCUCUUGGAUUCUGAAACUCAGCCAGCAGAAUGUGGAAUAAAAAAUUGUGCAGGAUUUUAA